AUGGGUUACAUAAAAGAGUAUGAAGAAUUUGCUAGUUUGGCUCAAAAAUUAUUUAAAGCUAAUCCUGCCAGUUCACGAUAUUCAACAAAAUAUGACUCUAAAAAAGGAAGUCUAACGAUAAAAGUUACUGAUAAUGUCGAGUGUUACAUCUACAGGACAAAUAAAUUAAGUGAUCUUAAAAAGACUGAAGAAUUAACACAAAGAUUAAUGAAAAUAUGUGUUUCCUGA